GCAACCCCUUUGGUCACUCGGAGUCUCAGCACCAAGGUACCGUCCGUUACGCGCCAGUGCGCCUUUUAGCUUCUAAGAGCUAGCAGCUGGGCUCAGUCUUGAGUGCGCACAAUAUCGGUUAUUGUGCGCGGCCAAUUCUUUGAUUGAAUACUCAUCGAUUCUCAUUGAAAGCUGCCAGCCAGACGUCACCAUGAGACGCAUGUCCAGGUCCCUAUCCAUCACAUCCUUAAGCGGCCUCGGGCUUCAGGAGGAGGACGACAGCGUCCCCGUGGAGAACCUGCUGCUGUUUGAGAUUGCCUGGGAAGUAACAAAUAAAGUUGGAGGAAUUUACACAGUCAUCCAAACUAAGGCGAAGAUCACGGGAGAUGAGUGGGGUGAUAACUUCUUCAUGAUGGGGCCCUAUUACGAGCACAACUUCAAGACGCAGGUGGAGCCGUGUGACCCCCCGACCCCGGCCAUCAGGAAGGCCAUGGACGCUCUGACCAAUAAUGGCUGUCAGGUGUACUGUGGGCGCUGGCUGAUCGAGGGCAGUCCCUUCGUCAUCCUCUUCGACGUCGCGGCUGCAGCAUGGAAUCUGGACCGCUGGAAAGGAGACUUGUGGGAUACGUGCGGCAUCGGCAUUCCGUACCAAGACCGCGAGGCCAAUGACGCGCUCAUCUUCGGCUCGCUGGUGGCGUGGUUUUUCAAAGAGUUAACGGAUGCGAUUGGAGAGGAGCAGAACGUCAUCGCUCAUUUCCAUGAGUGGCAGGCCGGGGUCGGCCUUGUGCUCCUGCGCUCACGCAAGAUCCCCAUAGCAACAGUGUUCACAACACAUGCCACCCUGCUGGGACGCUACCUGUGCGCCGGGAACGUGGACUUCUACAACAACCUGGAUAAAUUCAAUGCUGACCAGGAAGCCGGGGACAGGCAGAUCUACCACCGCUACUGUCUGGAGCGGGCAGCUGUCCACUGCUCGCACACGUUCACCACUGUAUCGCAGAUCACCGCCGUGGAGGCCAAUCACAUGCUGCACAGGAACCCAGAUGUUGUGACACCCAACGGGUUGAAUGUGAAGAAGUUUUCGGCCAUGCAUGAGUUCCAGAACCUGCACUCCACAAACAAAUCUCGCAUCCAGGAGUUUGUCCGAGGACAUUUCUAUGGACAUCUUGACUUCAACCUGGAGAAAACACUAUACUUCUUCAUCGCUGGCCGAUAUGAAUUCUCUAACAAAGGGGCGGACAUCUUCCUCGAGUCACUGUCCAGACUCAAUUAUUUACUGAAGGUUCAUAAGAACGAUGUGACAGUGGUGGUCUUCUUCAUCAUGCCUGCCAAGACCAACAACUUCAACGUGGAGACAUUGAAGGGACAAGCUGUGCGUAAGCAGCUCUGGGACACUGCUCAGUCAGUGAAAGAGAAGUUUGGCAAGCGUCUGUAUGAGGCAUUGCUGAAGGGAGAGAUCCCUGACAUGGACAACAUCCUGGAGAGAGACGACUUCUCCAUCAUGAAGAGAGCCAUCUAUGCCACCCAGAGAUACUCUCUUCCUCCAGUGACUACACACAACAUGCUGGAUGAUUCCAAAGACCCCAUUCUGAACAACGUGCGUCGCAUCAAUCUUUUCAACAGCCGCACCGACCGUGUGAAGAUUGUGUUCCAUCCUGAGUUCCUGUCCUCCACGAGUCCUCUGCUGCCGAUGGACUAUGAGGAGUUUGUGCGGGGCUGCCACCUCGGGGUCUUCCCCUCCUACUAUGAACCCUGGGGCUACACACCAGCGGAGUGCACGGUGAUGGGGAUCCCCAGUGUCACUACCAACCUGUCGGGCUUCGGCUGCUUCAUGGAGGAGCACAUCUCCGACCCAGCAGCUUAUGGCAUCUACAUCGUGGACCGGCGCUUCCGCUCGGCGGACGAGUCGUGUAACCAGCUGACCCAGUUCAUGUUCGGGUUCUGCCAGCAGUCGCGGCGGCAGCGCAUCAUCCAGCGGAACCGCACCGAGCGGCUGUCGGACCUGCUGGACUGGAGGUACCUGGGACGGUUCUACAUGCGAGCCAGAAAGUUAGCCCUCAGCAGAGCCUUCCCUGAUAGAUACAAGAUGGAUGCCCUGGGUCCGCUUCAGGCGGAGAGCUUCCGCUACCCGCGCCCCCAGUCCGUGCCACCGUCGCCCUCCACCUCGGUCCACUCCACCCCCCACCACUCUGACGUGGAGGACGAGGAUGACGAUGAGCCGUACGACGAAGACGAGGAAGCCGAGUGGGACCGGCAGAACAUUAAGACGCCCGACAUCAUGCUCGGGACUGCCAAGACGGGACAGCCAGUGGAGAACCACAACUAAAUGCCCCCCCGCCUUGUCUUCAAAUGCCCCGCUUUGCCCCCCUUUACAGGUGAAGCGGCUUUCCUUAAGCAUUCUGACACCCACAAAGAGGAAGAUUUAUGUGUCUGACAAAAUGUCUGGACUUGAUCUCCCAAUACAGUGGUGUUAUGCAACUUGACGGAUCGCAAAAUAGUGAGUAAUGUCUAUGGUGUUACCUGAUACCAAGGCUUGCCAUCAGUUUUAAUGCCAAGUAAUAUGGAAGCAUAUUAGGACAUUUAUUCGUUAUGUGCUAAUAUUGUUUCAUUAAACUAAAGCAUCUCAUCAUAACUGUCUGAGCCAUUUGGACACUGAAGUCCUUUGUGUUUACCCCCUGGGAAUCACCAGUACUAGAUUAUUUUCAAAGUCCUAAUAUACUGUAUCUAAUCAGACAGUAUGUUGAAGUGACGCAAACAUCAGUCUGUAAGUGCAGGAAAAUACCCUGAUAAUCUAAGUUUAAAGUGCUGAAAUAAAAACCUGACAUAUUUCUCUGGUGGCAAA